CGAAGAGAAAAGAAAUAAACGACACUGAGGAAAUUUUGAAAUUUGCAGAAUUCAUGAAAGAAGAGUGAUAAUUAAAAUAAUAUCACUCACCCAAUUGGAAUAUAAGCUCUCGUCAGAAAUAAAGAUCCAACUCAGAAUAAAUCAGAAUAAGUCUUCUCACUUGAAAUCAGCUUUAGACAAAAUGUCACCACCCUGAAGAACCCUCCAAAACCGACAACUUCUGGUCGCUUUAAACAGAACCACAGACUACUUCACUAUUCAUUCACCUUUUAACCUAUCUCCCAUUUUUCGGCCAAACACUUCAAAUUCCAAGUAAAAUUCUUCAACAAUGACAAACCUCCGACUCACCAGCAACAACCCAAAACCAUCCCCAAAAAGCAGCAUGUAUUUCCCAACGAAACAAGACGCCAGCACUGGUACCUGUUCCAGCAAAUUGUCAUCGUACGAUCAACCUGAAAACGACGAAUUGGAAGAGUACAUCGAGUUCAUGGAACAUUUAAUGACGAUCAGAGCAAAGCCGUGUGAAUCAAUAAAACCACGAAUCAUUAUCGAUCCACCGGACGACGGGGACAAAAAGAUGAAGCAACCGAUGCGUAAGAGCCUGUUCGCCCACGUUCCGCCGUUCAUUAUUUUCAAGAACCAGAAGAACAGCUCGAAAUUGCCAGCAGAGAUCACCAGGCACUUGUUAUGGUGGCGGCCAGGUAAUUACACCCCACGGAUCAUCGUGUCGACGGUGCUGAAAUCGGGAUUCAGAACGAGCAACAAGUCGACGAGUAAUUGGUGCGGCACCUGGUGUAACAAUCACGCUUAUUCCAAACUGAAAAGUACCAAUCUCUUCUCCAAAGUGAGCUGUUUCCCUAGCUGCAUACAAUUGGGUGACAAGAUAUCGUUGUGGACGAAUUUUCGAAAGAUGAGGAGGAAGUUUGGUAGCAAGAAUUUUGAUUAUAUUCCUUUGACCUUCGUUCUACCGGAAGAGAGGAACGGUUUGAGGAAGUUUAUGAGAAGGAACGAUGGCGUUUGGAUCGUUAAGCCACCGGGAGCGUGCGCUGGACACGGGAUCAAGGUGGUAACCCGGUUGCAGGAGAUUCCUGAUCGCAGAUCCCUUGUUGCUCAACGUUAUAUCACCAGACCCCACCUCCUGGAUGGUAUCAAAUUCGACAUCCGCCUGUACGUCUUACUAACCAGCAUCGACCCCCUACGAAUCUACCUGUACAAAGAAGGUCUGGUUAGACUAGCAACGGUGAAAUACAUCCACGACGUGCGACACCUAACCAAUAGAUUCAUGCACCUUACAAACACGAGUGUAAAUAAAUUCAGUCCCAAUUUUCAACCAAACGAUAGCCCAGACGAGUGCAAAGGUAACAUGUGGUCCUUGAAAUCCUUAUGGAACUACCUGUCCACUAUGGAAGGUGUGAACAUCCUGGAACUGUGGAACAAAAUCAAGGACUUAACAAUCAAAACCAUGAUAUCAGCCGAGGCUGCUUUGGUCAAUGCCUCGAAGAAGACGACACUGUCAUCCUACAAUUUCUAUCAGCUUUUUGGCUUCGACGUUCUUCUGGACGGACAGUACAGACCGUGGCUCCUAGAAGUAAACGAUUAUCCUUCCAUGGAGCCAGAUACUCCUCUCUGUAAAUUGGUGAAAGGACAGUUAGCCAAGGACUAUUUGAAUCUGGUCGGUUUUCACGUGCCUGAUCUGCUGAAUGGUAAGGAGUUGAAGAUCCUCAGGAUGAUCUGCAAGCAAAAUGGUGUCUGCUAUGAUCGACAGUUGUACUCUAAUUUGGUAUCGUGGAAGGACAGACGGAAACAGUACAUUCAUGAGAAGAUGAAUAACAGAAAGACGUACUUGAAGACGAUAUUGAAACGCCUCACCCCGGACGACGUUAGGGUGCUGAUAAGACACGAGGAUGAGAUCUCUCAGACAGGUGAUUUCGAGAAGAUCUUUCCUACCAGCGAGACCUAUAGGUAUUUAGGAUUUUUCGAAAAGGUAAGAUAUUAUAAUUUAUUACUAGAUGCAUGGGAAAAGGAAUACGGGCAGAAUAGAUCAGUAGGUAUUCAAAAAUUGAGGAAACUUUGCAGGAGGAAGUAUCACUUGUCUUAAAAACGAAACAGUAACAUUGUUGUCAUUAAUAGUUCAUAAGAAGUAUAAAAAAUUUUGACUACUGUGAAUAUUUCUAUUUGUAACAUAGGUGCUUGAUUAUAAAUUUAUAAUAUCCGUAUAAAACGUUAAUUACCAUUUAAUAUAAAAAAAACAUUUGAAUGUAUUGAAAGUUUAAUUUAAUAACUGAACUCAUGAAUCUUAUGAAUAAAAAGUCUUUGUUAAAAAUAUGAGAAAGUAGAAAAUAUUAUUUGAAUAUUAUAUAAUAUACAGGGUGUUCGAGUAAGGAUGGCAUUCUUCGAGGGGGUGGUAGCGUGGGUGAUUCUGAACAACUUUUGCAGGGUGUUGUCUGAUAUGGGUCCCAUGCAUAUUAGGUUAGGUUAGGUUAUAUGUGAUUGAAACAAUUUUUAGUUGAGUGUUUGAUAUAUUACAUUGAUGAUUUUAUAAGACAAAUAUUAUAUUUACUUUCAUAAUACAUAAAAAUUUUCUUUGAAAAUGUAUUUCAAUCACAUAUAACCUAACCUAACCUAAUAUGCAUGGGACCCAUAUCAGACAACACCCCUUUUUCAUUUACCAAAGUGCUUGUUGAGGCUUAGUUUUUGAAUUAUUAAUGGAAACCCCGCGCGCACAGUGCGCAUGCUCAAGAGUGUCGGCUUCGAACCGACGCGCAGCCGAGUUAGUUUGUUCGCGACUGCGGUCGAGUGCGCUUCUCGUAGCCGACACUCCCGUGAACCCGGGCUUCUAAUUGGACAGUGCUUUUCAUUAAUAAUUUAAACACUGUACCUCGACAAGUGUUUUGGUGAAGGGAAAAGUUAUUCGAGUUCACCCUAGCUGCCACCCUCUGAAUGGAUAUCCACCCCUAACCGAACAUCCUGGAUACUAUUUUCAAUAAAUGAAAGGUACUCUGGACAAACUAUGGAAUGAAGAGAAAUAAAUUUUGGAAUUCAAAAUUUGGAGCCAUCGUCAGAGUGUU